CAAAUACAUUAAACCAAACUUACAAACUCUAAAUGAAAAACAACAUACUUUAAUCAUCUCUCUAUACUACCAUGGAAACAAAACCAACUACUUCACUAUUUUUAUGUUGUGUCUUUAUCUUCUUACUUAUUUCUCAAGAAGGAUGGAGAAAAGCUGAAGCAGAAAGAGUAUUCACGAUCACAAACCACUGCCAAGAGACAAUAUGGCCAGCUGUUACUCCCGGAGCGAGCUUUGGGGGAGGAGGCUUCGUCUUAAAGCCGGGUCAGUCUAUGGUAUUCAACGCACCGAUAGGAUGGUCUGGUCGCAUAUGGGGUCGAACAGGAUGUAAUUUUGACCGAACUGGAAACGGCAAGUGCCUCACUGGGGCAUGUGGCACAUCCCUCCAAUGCUCAGGCGGUGGUGAGACCCCUGCAUCCUUAGCAGAGUUCACCCUCGCAAAACUCGACUUCUACGAUGUAAGCCUUGUAGACGGCUUCAACCUUCCUAUAACAAUAAAGCCAUUGAACGGCCAAGGAAAUUGUUCGGUUGCUGGGUGCGACCAGGACCUUAGAAAGAACUGCCCGAAAGAGCUGGCAGUUAAAACUGCUAGCCACGGAGGAAAAACAGUUGCAUGCAGAAGUGCAUGCGACGUUUUUAAUACAGACGAGUAUUGUUGUAGGGGACAAUAUGGGAAUCCUUCGUUAUGUCAUCCCACCUAUUAUUCCAAGUUAUUUAAGCAAGCCUGCCCUACUUCUUAUAGUUAUGCUUAUGAUGAUCCUACCAGUAUCUUCACUUGUACCGCUGCUGAUUAUGUCAUCACAUUCUGCUCUUCCAGGUCUCAAACAGUGUGCACAUAUCAUCACAACAAAUUAAUAUGCAGCGGAUCCACGGGGUUGAAAUUAAUGCUCAAAACAUGGUGGUCUGUCACAUUCGCAUUAGUAUCGCUAUUAACUUUGAGUAAUUACAUGUAAAAGCUUCCAUGUUUUUGUUGUAGAGGAGAAUAAAAGGUUUCUAAUAUCCAUUGACAUCAAGUAUUGAGAACUUAUAAAUGGGAGAUUCAGUUUAUCCUCAUCCAUGUAUAUAGAGAUAUGCUUCUCGAUCAUCUUAAUUAAUUUUUUGUUCAUAGUCAUAUUUUCACAUGCUGUCAGAAAUUCAGACAGGGUAUAUUAUCAUUAUAAGUUGCAAUCAUUUGAAAAAUGAUCAACUUUAAACAUAUUAAGUCAAAAUUUGCAAUCAUUGG